GCAAAUCUUGCGCGGAUCAAGUGUUUUACAAGUUUCACGUUUUCGAGCUACGAAGAACGCUAAUUAAAUAAAAUCGAACCAUAUAUACGACAUGGCGCAGUCAGCAGGAAUGUACGUGCGAGCUCCGAAGCGACCAAAGAAAACAAAAUCGAAUAACUUGUCCAAGGAGUUGGCAGAUGAGAAGGCGAUGAGCGCACAUCUGGCCAGUGAGCUAGAACAAUCACGAAAGGAAGUUGAAAACCUAAAGUCAAUAAUGCACUCCAGGGACAGUGAUCGUCCUUCGACUAGCCCGAGUUUGGAGUUUGAAGUUCAAAAUCGAUUCAGCAGUACACGGCGUAUGCUGCACAAUCCGAAUUCUGUGCAUAGUGUGGAGGAAUCAAGAUUCUUGGCAUCUAUGAACCAUUUGUCAUUGGCUUCAAUCAGCAUACCGGAGUGCAAAGCUUCCGAAGGUGAGGACAUUCAUCGACAAGUUUUCGAACAGUGGAAAGACCUACUCAUUGACACACUGAAGCUGGCUGGAAUUGAAGAUGAGGCUACGAUGUUUACAGUGUUCAAAAAGCCCGAGGAAUCAGACCUGCAUUUCAUCACGCGAGUGGGGACCAUUGCUCGCCUGUGCGAAUUCGAUGAACAUAAGGAAUUCGAAGAGAUUGUGGCAACAAUCGCGGAACAUGCUAGAAAUCGAGAUGUGAGAACAGCGGCGCUAAAAAUGCUAAGUCGUAAGGGCAACUUUACAGACCUGGUGGACAAAGUCCGGGAAUUGGAAGCUAUUAGACUGAACGAGGAAUACGAUAAGACCUGCCAUAGAUGCGGGUUGGUCGGACACAUACAACGGGCAUGCCCAAGACGCAGUCAAGGAAAACGUCCAGCUCAGGGAUAUCCGGAAGCGCCUCCGCUCAAAGUUGCCUCAAUUGAGAAGACCGAUGAGACUGAAUUGGGAGAAGAACCGGGGACGUCUUCUCGAAAAGCUGUGGCAGCUGUUAGAAACCCGUGCCAAGAAUUUUCCAGUGAACUUACUUCUACAUUGCGAGGAGCUUCAUGUGUCUCAAAAACCCCAGAGAUUGCUUCGGCCAGAAGAGACAGAAUAAAAACUGAAAAAGUUCAAGUACUUGGUCUUCCGUCUAACAGUUCGUUAGGAAAGACGUCACGUCGGGAACAGGAGGUUUUCGAUGAAGGUGUAAUUUAUGCCACUGUUGCUGGCUUGCGUUGCCCCUUUCUUAUAGACUCCGGGGCACAAGUUAACACUUUCACCGAGGAACUGUUCAACAAACUGAUGUCGGAUCCCGUGCAUUGCAAAGGGGUGUUCAAUAUAGAGAAGCAAUCCGACAGAGUACUCAAGGCGUAUGCUUCAUCAGGAAACAUAGAUGUGAUUGCUACGUUUCAUGCGUAUCUGUUCGUCACUGAGGAUAGACCAACCUUUCUCGAGAAGUUCUAUGUCGUCAGGGAGAUGCGUGCACUUUUGGGUAGGUCCACAGCAUCUAGAUAUAGUAUCUUGUUGUUAGGGAUGAAGGUUCCGGUACGAUCCUUCGAUUAUAAUGACGAUUUGUCGUUAUGUACUGGUGGAAUAGCGUCAAUCGACACUAAUGAUGUGUUUCCUAAGUUCAACGUCCCCCCUGUUAAAAUUCUCUACGAUCGGUCCAAGCCUCCAUGCAGGAAUAUUUUUUUCAAUAUUCCUCUAUCCGUAAAGCCACUGGUAGAAAAUCGGAUACAGGGGCUGGUCAGAGCUAAUAUCAUAGAACCAGUAGUCGAUGGCAUGGACACCUCAUUUUGCUCUUCAAUGCUGGUUGUCCCGAAAGGGAAAGAAGACGUGAGGCUAGUUAUCGACCUAAGGGGUCCAAACCGGUACAUUUAUAGAACACCGUUCGCUAUGCCUACAUUAGAGAAGAUUCUGGCGGAAUUAAACGGAGCUUCCUGGUUUUCAACAAUUGAUUUAUUGUUUAUGAGGUUUCAUCACCGCGAGAAACUUAUUGAUUGA